CCACGCCGGCGCUCCAGGCGCGGCAGGCUGCCGCCCCCGGAAGUAGUGGGUACCGGGACGCCGUGGGGCGGAAGCUGUGGAUGGCGGGAGGCUGUGGCGCUCUCUGGGUGGGGAAGCUGUUGCUGUUGCUAGACGACGCGAACUAGCGCUCGUCACUUCCUCAGCCAGCCGUCUGCCCACUCCCCAAGCCGGAACCUGAGGGCCCAGAGCCGGGGUAGGCACAGAGUUGUCCUCAUAGGUCCAGGACAGCGGCCAGCCCGGCGGCGGGAGUCAGGGCCACGCCACCUGCAGGGAAGAACCCAAGCCGAAGCGGGAAGAUGGCUGCAGACAAGCCUGCAGAUCAGGGAGCAGAGAAACAUGAAGGAACAGGUCAGUCCUCGGGGAUCACUGAUCAAGAAAAGGAGUUAUCCACCAAUGCUUUCCAAGCUUUCACAUCUGGAAAUUAUGAUGCCUGUCUACAACACCUUGCCUGUCUACAAGAUAUAAACAAAGAUGAUUAUAAAAUAAUUUUGAAUACAGCAGUAGCUGAGUUUUUUAAAAGUAACCAAACAACAACAGAUAAUUUGAGACAAACACUUAACCAGCUGAAGAAUCAGGUCCACUCAGCUGUUGAAGAAAUGGAUGGAUUAGAUGAUGUUGAAAACAGCAUGUUGUACUAUAAUCAAGCAGUCAUUCUUUAUCAUCUGCGGCAGUAUACAGAAGCCAUAUCAGUUGGUGAAAAACUUUAUCAGUUCAUAGAGCCUUUUGAAGAAAAAUUUGCCCAAGCAGUGUGUUUUUUGCUUGUAGACCUGUAUAUAUUGACCUACCAAGCUGAGAAAGCUUUGCAUCUUCUUGCUGUCCUAGAAAAAAUGAUUUCACAGGGUAACAAUAACAAAAAUGGAAAGAAUGAGACUGGUAAUAACAACAACAAAGAUGGAUCUAAUCAUAAAGCUGAAAGUGGAGCUCUAAUAGAAGCUGCAAAAUCAAAGAUACAUCAGUACAAAGUACGAGCUUAUAUCCAAAUGAAGUCUCUGAAAGCAUGUAAAAGGGAAAUCAAGUCAGUCAUGAAUACAGCUGGAAAUUCUGCACCCUCUCUCUUUCUUAAAAGCAAUUUUGAGUACUUACGAGGUAAUUAUCGAAAAGCUGUGAAGCUAUUAAAUAGUUCAAACAUUGCUGAGCAUCCAGGAUUCAUGAAAACAGGUGAAUGCUUGAGAUGCAUGUUCUGGAAUAACCUUGGUUGCAUCCAUUUUGCCAUGAGCAAGCACAAUUUGGGAAUAUUCUACUUUAAAAAGGCUCUGCAGGAGAAUGAUAAUGUCUGUGCACAGCUCAGUGCAGGUAGCACUGAUCCAGGCAAAAAAUUUUCAGGAAGACCCAUGUGUACGUUACUAACCAAUAAGAGAUAUGAGUUGCUGUAUAACUGUGGAAUUCAGCUUCUUCACAUUGGAAGGCCUCUUGCUGCCUUCGAAUGUCUGAUUGAAGCUGUUCAGGUUUAUCAUGCAAAUCCUCGCCUCUGGCUACGGCUGGCUGAAUGCUGCAUUGCUGCCAAUAAGGGGACCUCUGAACAAGAAACUAAAGGCCUUCCCAGCAAAAAAGGAAUUGUACAGUCUAUUGUUGGUCAAGGCUAUCAUCGUAAAAUAGUUUUGGCAUCACAGUCUAUACAGAAUACUGUUUAUAAUGAUGGGCAGUCUUCGGCCAUUCCUGUAGCCAGUAUGGAGUUUGCAGCCAUAUGUCUCAGAAAUGCCUUGUUGCUGCUACCUGAAGAACAGCAAGAUCCAAAGCAGGAAAAUGGGGCUAAAAAUAGUAAUCAAUUAGGUGGGAACACAGAGAGCAGCGAAAGCAGUGAAACUUGCAGCAGUAAAAGCCAUGAUGGAGAUAAAUUCAUUCCAGCUCCACCUUCUUCUCCACUGAGAAAACAGGAAUUAGAAAACUUAAAGUGCUCCAUACUUGCUUGCAGUGCCUAUGUGGCUCUGGCUUUGGGUGAUAACCUUAUGGCUUUGAAUCAUGCAGAUAAACUUCUUCAGCAGCCCAAGCUGUCAGGAUCUCUUAAGUUUUUGGGACAUUUAUAUGCUGCAGAAGCCCUCAUCUCUCUCGACAGGAUAUCUGAUGCCAUUACUCACUUGAACCCGGAGAACGUCACUGAUGUCUCCUUAGGGAUCUCUUCAAAUGAGCAGGACCAAGGAUCAGACAAAGGUGAAAAUGAAGCAAUGGAAUCCUCUGGGAAGCGGGCCCCUCAGUGCUACCCCAGUUCCGUCAACUCUGCCAGGACUGUGAUGCUGUUCAACCUUGGCAGUGCUUACUGCCUGAGGAGCGAAUAUGACAAAGCCCGAAAGUGUCUCCACCAGGCGGCUUCAAUGAUCCAUCCUAAAGAGGUGCCCCCUGAGGCCAUCUUGCUGGCAGUCUACCUUGAGCUGCAGAAUGGUAAUACUCAGCUGGCCUUACAGAUCAUCAAAAGGAAUCAGCUGCUCCCUGCAGUGAAAACACACUCUGAAGUGAGAAAGAAGCCAGUGUUUCAGCCUGUCCACCCGAUCCAGCCCAUCCAAAUGCCGGCUUUCACCACUGUGCAGAGAAAGUGAUACUUCGCUUUUGGAAAACCGUUACCUGAGACCCAGGGGAGUAUUUACUGGCCAUUUUACUUGUAUCACAGCAGAAUGAAUAAAAGAUGGUGAAGGCUGUUAAUUUUGA